CUCGCGUGUUUGUACUCUUUCUGGUGCACUCCUACUACCGCAUUUCAGAGAAAUAUAAAAAAAUAUUGAAUAAUAAUAUACGGAGAUGAUGGUGAUCUUGAGAGGAUAUGGUGGCGACUGGUGAGAGGAGAGAGCAUCGGUGUGGUGAAACGUAAGAGGAAGAAGAAGAAGAAGAAGAUGGAAUUUCUGGGUAUUUGUUAGAAAUAGAAAUCUCGCAGCCCCUCAGGCAUUCCCAGAUAGAUAGAUAGAUCUCUAGGCUCCCAGAAUUUGAGGAUUGGUUUCUCAAGAAAAUUCUGUUUUUCUUCUUGCUGGGUUUUCUGCUGUCUGCCCAUAUUCAAGCUUAGUCGUGCAAAGAUUGAUAGUUUUAGCUUCUGGGCACUUUUCUCAGGUGUUUCUUGAUUGGUAAUGGUAAUGGUAAUGGUGGAUUAUGCUUACAAGCUGUGAGCAAGAAUGGCUGCUUUGCUUGAUGUUGUGUUUUGUUGAGAGUUAUGGUUUUGCUGAGAGGGUAUUUUUAUUGAUACAAGAAUAACAUAAAGAAAAAAAAGGGGGAGAUUAUGGAAAGGGAGUGGUUUCUGCCAUUCAAAGUUCUGGGCUUGGGGAUUUGGAUGUUAAUAGCCACUUCUUGCUCUGCUACUCUUUCACCAUCUGGGGUGAACUAUGAAGUGGUGGCUUUGAUUGCUAUAAAGACUGGUUUACAUGACCCUUACAAUGUUCUGGAAAAUUGGGAUGUUAACUCUGUAGACCCCUGCAGUUGGAGAAUGGUUACCUGUUCACCUGAUGGCUAUGUGUCUGCCUUGGGACUACCCAGCCAGAGUUUAUCAGGGACCUUGUCACCUGGAAUUGGCAACUUAACAAACUUGCAGUCUGUGUUGCUGCAAAACAAUGCUAUUUCAGGACAUAUUCCGGCUGAGAUCGGGAAAUUAGAAAGGCUUCAGACCCUCGAUCUUUCCAACAACAAAUUCAAUGGUGAUAUACCCAGCACAUUGGGGGACCUAAGGAAUUUGAAUUAUUUGCGACUCAACAACAACAGCCUCUCGGGACAAAUCCCAGAAUCUCUCUCCAAAGUUGAUGGUCUUACUCUUGUGGAUGUUUCUUUUAAUAAUCUCAGUGGCAGACCCCCUAAACUACCAGCAAGAACUUUCAAAGUUAUUGGCAAUCCUUUAAUUUGCGGGCAGAGUUCUGAGAAUAAUUGUUCAGUAAUCUAUCCAGAACCACUGUCGUUUCCACCAGAUGCUGGAAAAGGUCAAUCAGAUGCUGGAGCAAAAAAACAUCACGUGGCUAUUGCUUUUGGAGCAAGUUUUGGCGCCUUAUUCUUAAUCAUCAUACUCGUGUCCCUUAUCUGGUGGCGCUAUAGACGGAAUCAGCAGAUCUUUUUUGAUCUCAAUGAUAACUAUGAUCCAGAGGUCUGCCUGGGCCAUUUGAGACGGUACACCUACAAGGAACUGCGGACUGCAACUGACCAUUUCAACUCGAAGAAUAUUUUAGGAAGGGGAGGAUUUGGGAUAGUGUACAAGGGUUCCUUAAACGAUGGCACUAUUGUGGCUGUCAAAAGGUUGAAGGACUAUAAUGCUGCUGGUGGCGAGAUCCAAUUCCAGACAGAAGUCGAGAUGAUUAGCCUGGCUGUCCAUCGAAAUCUCCUCCGACUUUGGGGGUUUUGUUCAACCGAGAAUGAGAGGCUCCUCGUUUACCCUUAUAUGCCAAAUGGGAGUGUAGCAUCAAGAUUAAAAGAUCAUGUCCAUGGUAGGCCGGUGUUAGAUUGGUCAAGGAGGAAAAGAAUAGCGUUAGGGACUGCAAGGGGGCUGGUGUAUUUGCACGAGCAGUGUGACCCCAAAAUCAUCCAUCGUGAUGUCAAAGCGGCCAACAUUCUGUUGGAUGAAGACUUUGAGGCAGUUGUUGGAGAUUUUGGGUUGGCGAAGCUGUUGGAUCACCGCGAAUCUCAUGUGUCUACUGCUGUUCGGGGCACUGUCGGACACAUUGCUCCUGAGUAUUUGUCAACAGGCCAAUCAUCCGAAAAGACUGAUGUAUUUGGUUUCGGAAUCCUGCUUCUUGAACUAAUUACUGGUCAGAAAGCUGUGGACUUUGGGCGAGGGGCUAACCAGAAAGGAGUAAUACUUGAUUGGGUAAAAACCCUCCAUCAAGAAGGGAAAUUGAACUUGAUGGUGGACAAAGAUUUGAAGAACAAUUUUGACAGGGUUGAACUAGAAGAGAUGGUUCAGGUUGCCCUCCUUUGCACCCAGUUCAAUCCUUCUCACAGACCAAAAAUGUCGGAAGUGCUAAGGAUGCUGGAAGGCGACGGCCUAGCUGAAAAAUGGGAGGCUUCACAGAGAAACGAUACUCCAAGGUAUCGCACUCAUGAAAACACGCCCCAAAGAUAUUCCGACUUCAUAGAAGAGUCCUCUCUAAUCGUCGAAGCAAUGGAGCUGUCUGGACCUAGAUGACAAGCUGGUUGAAUUGGCUUCAUAUCUUCAGAUCACACAAUAUAUAUUUAUCUUUAUAGCCCUUCAAAAGGGCAUGUAAUUCACCUGUAAAAAGAAAAAGAGGAAGAAUCAUGUGUAGCUUGUAGCUAGGGACUUGGUUUUUGUGUCAACAUUUCACUUCAUAGAGCUUCUUCAAUUCUCACAACAGUUUGGAAAAAAACAUCUGUGUAUUAUUCAUUUACACUUUAAUGGAGGGUGGAGCACAAAGCAUUCCUUCCUCGUUGAAACACUCUUCAACUCUAUAGCAUAUUGA